CCUCCGCCAAAAGCUUAAAGUAAAGUCGAAGUGGUUCAACAGCUACUGAUCGCGAUGAUGAGGUCAUUAUUCCGAGUCUCGCCAUCCGUCAACUGCAGACCACGGUCUGCGUCGGAAUUCUCAGUAGCCAGACGAAUGUCGACUGCCGACGGUGCGGCUUCCUCGACCUCGGCGUCCCGCAAAUAUCCACGGAUUGAUAUUAUGCUUGACCUCGAAACGCUCGGUACAAAUCCUUCACCAGUUCUCACUCAGAUCGCAGCUGUGCAUUUCGACCUUCAAACUGGCGAAACGUUCAGUACAUUCUCAUGUCUUGUUUCGCCGCAGUCCUGUAUGAAAACAGGAAUGAUGAAGUGCGACGGAAGUGCUAUGGAUUUUUGGCUGCAACAGCCGUCGGGGGUUCUGGAAAAUGUUUUAAUCAGGGCUUUGAAGGAGGGAAGACCAAUAAAAGAUGUCUUGGGAGAUUUUACGGCUUGGAUUGAUGGAAUCAAGGCGGAAUCCAGAUCACGAUUCGUCAGUGUGUGGGGUAAUGGGAUCCCUGCGGACAAUGUGUGGAUUGACUCAGCGUACAAAGCGUGUAGCAUGACGAAACCAUGGAGUGUCUUCGGUGACAGGGAUGUGCGAACACUUGUUGAUCUUGGGCAAAGCAUGACGGAUACAAACCUGAAAACGGAAACUGUGUUUGAGGGCGAGAAACAUAACGCCCUUGCGGAUGCGAUACAUCAGGUCAAAUACUGUUCGGCAAUCUAUCGUGCCGUAAGCGGGUUGGACACACGAGCUAAAGAGGAAGUCCGGAAAAGGUUCGAGGAAGCUGCGCUGAUGUCGGUGAAUAAUACCGCCGCGAUAAGCUUGGGUGAUGACUUCACGGUUGAUUUGGAGGCCAAGACCCUAAUAGAGAAGGGAAAAGACUUGCAGAAUACUCCAGAAGCCGUUGUCGAGUCGCCGAAUGCAGCUGCAGUUGAGACGGAUAAUGCCGAAGGUGCGGUAGCCGGAAAACCAUCAAGCUUCGAGACGUGGUCAGAGAAAGCAAAAGUGACACUGACGGAGAAGGAAGAGGAAUCGGAGGAGAAAUUGCCUGUGAGCAAGUUUCUCAAAAAGCUCAGCGAAAUGAAGGUGGCAAUGCAGACGGCCGGGGAGAAGAAAUGAAGCGGAGAAGAAGUUGAGGAAAAGAGCGAACGCAGAUGU